AUGAAGUAUACAGAGAUUAUCUAAUUGAAUUACAAGGGAAUAUUAUAACAGUUGAAGAUAUUCUACAACUAUCUACUUUCAACAAUCAUAAGUCAUAAAAAGGCCAUAUAUAAGAAAAAGAACAACUAGAACAAACAUCAGUACAGAAUACUAAUACUAAUAAUAAUAGUAAAACAACAAGUCCAGAAUCAUCUAAUGAAGAAUACAACAACAGACGCAAGUUUAUUCUAUCACCAUUAUCAAGAAGAAUGAGUCAAAUGCUUCCAAUCAAUACAUCAGCAAAAAAAGUACUAUAAGAAGAUGUGUUAACUCAGCUCAAAAAAUUUAGAGUAAUAUAAUAGAUUAAAUAUGCACCACACGCGAGAUGA